AUGACAACGACGACCACCACAAUACGCCAUAAACUGGUCAAAUCACUAAAGUCAUUCCUAAAGUUCACUUUCUCCAAACGCUCAAUCCCAACUAUCAAAGGCACACUCGCCUACCUCCUCGUAUUCGUAUUCUCCUUCCUGCACGGCUUUGACAGCCUCAGCGACUACCCCCUAGCCCUAUCCGGUACGCCUCCCUCCCUCCCUUCCCAGCUCAACGCUAACCCCCCUCCCUCCCCAGCACCAGUAAUAGUCGUCAUCGCCGUCGCGCCCGGCAAGCCCGUUGGUGCCUGUGUGCAGAACACAGUGCUCGCUAUGCUUGGCGUGCUUGUUGGCGCUCUGGACUUUUUCAUCCUUGCAGAGCUUGGGCAUGUGCCUGUCGCCCAGGGAGUAGUAUUCGUCAUAAUGGUCUACCUACUCGCACUUAUCAAAGCCCAGUCGAUCACUUACUUGCCCUUCGCACUCCUCGCACUGCUAAUGACGUUCAACGGGAUCUUCACCUCGCAAAGCAACCUCUCCAACGGCUUGGCGCCCUUCUCCGCCCCGCAGCUCAUCUCAUACCUCAAAGCGUACUCCUUCGGCGCCGCUAUCGUGCUCUUCGUCAACCUCUUCGUAUGGCCUACAUCGAGCGAGAACCAGCUGCGACAGAUGCUUGUCCGCAGCUUGGAUCAUGUGCGCACGUUUGUCCAUUUGGUUAAUAAGGGGUAUCUACUGGAGUUGACGGAUGAGGAACGGGCGGUCCGGAGUCAGUUGGUCCAGAGUAUCCGGGCAGACUUUGGUUUCCUCAGCCAGGUCAUCGACCAGACUUCGAUCGAAAUCGUCUAUUCCCGAUGGUCGAUGUCCGACUACCGCCUGUUAGUGCUCAAGAUGCGUUCCCUGCAAGCGACGUUGAUCGCUGCCUACUCCGGGCUGCUGAACGGGGAAGAGAACGACAGUGUGCGCACGUUCAAGGAACGGUUUUUGCCUGCGGGGGAAAAGGAGUUUAGGAGGAUGAGAAGGGACUUGUGUGCUACUCUCGGGGAGGUUAUGAGGGUGCUUGCUACGGAGAAACUUGAGUUGAGGGGGGAGGAAGACAGGUUCAAGGAGCCUAAGGAGGUGGAGGCUGCGCUGGAACAAGUGUCGACUGUCGAGCAAGGGGAGAUGGAUCAGGAAGCAGUGCUGGAAGAAGUUGGCAGGCGCUUGCAGAGGGAAGCGGCGGAUGAGGCGUCUGAUUCUGGCCGCACAGCGCUGAGCGGGACGACCUUCCCCGGCUCUGCAGGGAUGGAGGAGAGCGGGGUCGGCACUCCUUCCCCCGGAGCUGUCACGCCACGCGGGCCGACGCUUGUCGACCGCCAGCUAUUUGGCGGCGGGGAGAAGGGACAAUCGGACGACCCGGAGCUGCAGGAAUACAGGACCCACGCGGUCAAGAGCCUGCGAAACGAUUUCGACGCGUUCGCUGCUAAGCAGCUCGAUGUCGUCGGUGCGCUGCUCGUCUCUGGCGGGUUUACACAAGCGGGAGGGGAGGAACUGAAGGUCUUCCUUCCUAUGACGAGUAUGGCGGAUGCUUGGGGGAAGGAUCAUGCGCGUGGUGUGCAGGAGGCGAUGGAGAAGGAGGGAGUGAGGACGAGUUUUGGGAUAAGGCCGAUUCGCGCGCGUGGGCUGAAAAGCCUGGACGGGAAGGGUGAGAUGGGGGCUGCUGUUACUGGGAGAGAGGGAGGAGCGAAGAGCUUGAAGGAGGAGGCGGAGGAAGAGGAGGAAGAUGACCCCGAGGCGAUCAGUACUGGCCAAGCGCUCGUGCGAGUGUACUCGAUGCUCUUUGCUAUGAACCGGCUGAUCACCGAGCUCCAAGCGCUGCACACACACGUCACCACCACCUCCAAAGGCGUUCAAAGGCAUUACCACCUCCAUGUCCACAUCUGGGAGUCUCUCCGCGCCGACCGCAAAAAGGGGCAGGAAGACAUGUGCCUCCAAGACGCGCUUUCCCAGCUCGAGCAACGCGAGUACAUCCCUAAGAAUGUCACCCUCAUCCAGCGCAUGAUAGCCGUGGAACAGUGGUUCCGUAGCCCGAAUAGCAUAUAUGCGUUCAAGGUCGUUUUGGCGUUAUGCGUGUUUGCGGUGUUACUCUGGGCCCCGGUCGUUAGGGGUUGGUUUAUCUCGUACGCGCUUACUUCCGCACUGCCGACAAUCGUCAUCGCCUUAUCACCCACACUCGGUCAGAGCUACCUUCAGUUCACGUUCCAGAUCCUUGGCACCGCUAUUGGGAAUAUCGCAGGCAUGAUCCUACUCUUGAUAUUCAACCAUGUCGGGGGAUACGUGUAUAACCCUUAUGGUCUGGCGUGUCUCGUCGCAGUGUACGCAAUCCCUUUCAUAUAUGUCAUCCACGAGAAGCCGCAACUUUUCGUGCUUGGACUCUUGUCGCUCAAUAGCGCCGGGGUUCUAAUAAUCACAGAAUAUGUACAAGCUGAUUAUGUCGGAAAUGCCAACUUUGACUCGGCACCGUAUCGAGCUGGCAAGGGAUUAGCAGCGUUGUCAAUCGCCAUCACUUUGGUCCUCUGUUUCCAGCUACUUAUCCUUCGGAAUCCCGCUCGACACACUCUACGCAAGGCGUUAGCGCACUUGAUCGAGGAGCACUUGGCGUACGUGACGAUGCUCCAAGCAUAUUGUCGUGCGCUGGGGCCUAUCGAUGCUAAUGAUCGGCCGUCGCACAAGAACGUCCUGCGCGUAGAAAGUGAACUCAAGCGACGGGAGGCCAAACUUCAAGCCAGGAUCAUCGGUAUGAACCCGUUGAUUUCCUUUGCUGCCGCAGAGCCUCAGUGGGAAGCUCCAUUCCGAAGCGAUGCAGCAGUUAGGAUCGUCCGUGCAAAUCAGAUCCUUCUCGAUCGAUGGAGCGAGGCGAGAUCUGCAAUCGGCACCGAACCCUUCCCGGCAUUCAUAUCCCGCGAGUUCAUCUCUGUGCUCUCGCCUUAUCGACGACAAGCCUAUGUUCAUGCAAAAGUGUCGUUGUAUCUCGCUGCUGCAUCUAUGGCAUCCAAGAUGCCUCUGCCGCUGGAGGUGCCUAAAGCUGGAAAACUCAUUUCGGAAAUGAUGCAUGAUGCCCUGCUCCUCAGCUCGCGCUUCGCCAAGACGGACGAGGGAAGAGAAACGGUCAAGAGCGGUGAAUUUGCCCGUUAUUGGUUCUUCCUGCUUGUUAUGACUUCUGCCUGCCGUCAAGUGUCGUCGAUCGAAGAAGGAUGCCGCUUGAUGUACGGCUCAUUCGAGGACAAGGUCCUGUGA